GGACAAAUUCUCUAGAAGAAGUUGGACAUUUCUCCAAUGAGAAUCAUCAUCACUAUCCUGUAUCCGAAAAUCAAAAUCAUUGUAAGAAAGCAAACACGCUUUCCUUGGCAUAUUAACAAUCAAGAUAAAGGAAAGGAAAGGAAAAGAUGUCAUCAUCCUCAGUAUAUUACCGAUGGAAAAGCUUCGAGGAAGAUGGAGAUCGACCAGAGAAGCCUCGUAGAUUUGGAGUUACAGAGAUGAGAGGGCCUCAAUACACUCUAUUGAGCCAGAACAUGCUUCAAGAUCUUUUCGAGACAAUGGGGCAGUUUGUUGAUGGACUGAAAUUCUCCGGUGGUUCUCAUAGUUUAAUGCCAAAGUCUUCUAUUAAAGAAGUGAUUGACAUGGCUCACAAGCAUGAUGUGUAUGUUAGUACUGGUGAUUGGGCUGAGCAUUUGCUUCGUAAAGAUCCCUCAGCACCUCGAAGCACUGGUAAGGAAGCAGCACCUGUCUUGGUGUUUGUUUGCUAUGGUUACAUAUUGCUUGAAAAUGGAGAGAUAUGAAUCUAGCAUGAUGAUUGAUGAACUCAGGAAUAUGGUGUAUCCUUAACUCUAAGUCAUACGUUGCUAAUCACAUUCACAGGACAUA